UUUUUGCCCUCAUAACGUAACGUGACAGGUAAUUUAGCAGCUACAGAAAUGGCAAGUUUAUCUGAUAUUGAUGUCCAUUCUCAUCCCUUCUCCAACAUUCCAACCAUAAAGUUCACCAAACUUUUCAUCAAUGGACAAUUCGUUGAUUCCAUUUCAGGAAAGACAUUUGAGACUGUGGACCCAAGAACAGAGGAAGUGAUCACCGAAAUAGCAGAGGGGACUGAAGAAGACGUUGAUCUCGCCGCGAAGGCGGCACGUGAGGCUUUCGAUUCUGGUCCAUGGCCACGCAUGACCGGCUCUGAGAGAGCGAAGAUAAUGAUGAGAUGGGCCGAUCUAAUUGAAGAGAACGUAGAGGAGAUAGCUGCGUUGGACACCAUUGAUGGGGGUAAGCUAUACACGACAUGUAAGGCGGUAGACAUUCCCCAUGUAGCUAGUCUUCUUCGUUACUAUGCGGGUGCUGCGGAUAAGAUUCAUGGAGAGGUGUUGAAAUCGUCAAGGAAUCUUCACGCUUAUACUUUAAUGGAACCUAUUGGUGUUGUUGGCCAUAUCAUCCCCUGGAAUUUCCCUACCCACAUGUUCUUCGCCAAAGUUAGCCCUGCCUUGGCUGCUGGCUGCACCAUGGUCCUUAAACCUGCUGAGCAAACUCCUCUCACUGCUCUCUUUUAUGCCCACCUUUCCAAGCUGGCUGGAAUCCCAGACGGGGUGCUCAAUGUGAUAACUGGGUUUGGCCGGACUGCAGGGGCUGCAAUAAGCUCUCACAUGAACAUUGAUGCGGUGAGUUUUACCGGUUCAACAGAAACUGGUCGUCAAGUAAUGCAGGCAGCAGCCAUGAGUAAUUUGAAGCCAGUUUCCCUGGAAUUGGGAGGCAAGUCGCCCCUCAUAAUUUUCAAUGAUGCUGAUGUUGACAAGGCUGUUGACCUGGCCCUCUUUGGCAUCCUUUGCAACAAGGGAGAGGUUUGUGUUGCAGGUUCCCGAGUUUUUGUUCAGGAAGGGAUCUACGAGGAAUUUGAGAAGAAGGUGGUGGAAAAGGCAAAAGCUUGGGUAGUGGGAGAUCCUUUUGAUCCUAAAGUUCAGCAAGGACCACAGGUUGACAAGAAGCAAUUUGAUAAAAUUCUUUCAUAUAUUGAGCAUGGAAAGAGAGAAGGAGCCACCUUGUUGUCUGGGGGUAAGCGAGUGGGCAAUAAGGGAUACUAUAUUGAACCUACAAUUUUCACCAAUGUCAAGGACGACAUGAUAAUAGCGCAGGAUGAAAUAUUUGGGCCUGUGAUGACACUCUUCAAGUUCGAGAACAUUGCCGAUGCAAUAAGGAGUGCCAACAACACCAGAUAUGGCCUAGCAGCUGGGAUUGUGACGAAGGACUUGGAUAUAGCAAACACAGUGUCAAGGCACAUUCGCGCAGGCAUUGUUUGGAUCAACUGCUAUUUUGCCUUUGAUAAUGACUUCCCUUAUGGAGGGUACAAGAUGAGCGGAUUUGGAAGGGAUUAUGGACUCCAUGCCCUUCAUAAGUAUCUUCAAGUCAAAUCUGUUGUAACUCCUAUUUACAAUUCUCCUUGGCUUUGAAUUUGUUCCCUCUCAGUGUGAUGAUCUACUGUAUAAGCAAUAAGUGAAUCUUCUUAGCUUUCUGUUCAAAA